AUGAGCGCUGCGCUUCGCAUGCCGCUGCGGGCCUGCGCCAAUCCCACCACGGUUAUCGGACAAUCGUUCAAAACUUCGAUUUCCGCCGGCGCCUCGUUUCAUACAUACUCGAAAUUGGUUCUGCGCACGUCGCCUGUAUCGCACGCAAAUACUAGGAAGUCAUGGAGUCCUCGACAAAAGUGGGUAAACUUGAUUUCGGCUUCUUCGAAGCGCACUCUUGCCACGAGUUCGCCGCUCCUUUCCGUGGAUACUACGAGUGUGAAGGGUAGUGUCGAGGAGGUCAAGUCGAGCCCCGCACGGAGGAAUUAUCUCAAGUAUUUGGUUAUCCUGGGGUUGCUUGGUGCUGGAGCAUUCGCGUUCUCGGAUAACGUCAAGCAUAUCUACGGUGCGGCGAGGAGAAGUGGUCGUGUCGUUGGUACUCUCGCCGUGUGUAUCAAUGACUACCGUGUUACCCUCAACCAAGCCUCCGUCGCAUCACCCGAAGACUAUGACGCCCUAAUCCGCGCAUGCCACAAGCGUUGUGCGGAGCGUACCCUGCGCGUGUUGGAGAAGAAUGGCUCAAUCUUCAUCAAGCUUGGCCAGCAUCUGAGUAGCAUGGGCUACCUUCUCCCCAUCGAAUGGACCUCAACCUUUAUCCCGCUGCAGGACAAAUGCCCCGUCUCGUCGAUCGAAUCAAUUGCAGAGAUGUUCGUGACCGAUACCGGCCAGACAAUCGACGAACUAUUUAGUUCGUUCGAGCCUACUCCGAUUGGUGCCGCCUCUCUCGCCCAGGUUCACAUUGCCACGCUGAAAGAAACCGGUCAAAAGGUUGCUGUCAAGGUGCAGCAUCCUGCUCUUGCUGAGUGGGUGCCGCUGGACUUGUCGUUGACUCGGUUCACGUUCUCGAUGCUCAAGCGCUUCUUCCCGGAAUAUGAUCUCGAGUGGUUGUCGCGAGAGAUGGAUCUUUCUUUGCCUGUGGAAUUGGACUUCCGUAUGGAAGCGCAGAAUGCUACCGUUGCCAGCGAGUAUUUCAAAAAGCACUCCGACGCGCCAUUGGUUAUUCCCGAAGUGAUGUGGUCGCAAAAGCGCAUCCUCGUUAUGGAAUUCAUCGCUGGCCGCCGCCCCGACGACCUCGCCUUCCUAGACGCCAACAACAUCGACCGCGACGAAGUCUCCGCUGCAUUCGCCCAUAUCUUCAACGAAAUGAUCUUCGGCGACGAGGCCCCGCUACACUGCGACCCGCACGGCGGCAACAUCGCCAUUCGCCCGAACCCUAACCGCCGACAUCCCAACUUUGAUAUCAUCCUGUAUGACCACGGUCUAUACCGCAACAUCGACCGCGAUCUGCGCCGCAAUUACGCCAAGCUAUGGCUGGCUGUGAUCGACGCUGACGUGCCCCGGAUGCGCGAGUAUGCCUACAAGGUAGCCGGUGUCACGGACGAGCAGUUCCCCCUCUUUGCUAGCGCUAUCACCGGUCGUGACUAUAGCGUGUUGACAAAAAAGAACGUUGCAUCUGCACGAACCGCCGAGGAAAAGAAGGAAGUUACCAGUGCUCUGGGCGAGGGCAUGUUGCAGCAGCUAGUCGUGUUGCUGGGCCAAGUCCCGCGUAUUAUCCUGCUGAUUCUGAAGACAAACGAUCUUACCCGCAGUCUCGAUGAAAACUUGCACACCCGCCAGGGCCCCAUGCGCACAUUCCUCAUCCUAGCACGGUAUGCUACCCGCACCGUCUUCGAAGAGCAAAUGGAGUCCAUCCGCGACUCGGGCGGUAUCUUCCGGAACUUCUUCCAGCUCCUGGCUGCGUGGGCUGGUUUCCUUCGCGUCGAAGUGAGACUCUCCGUUUUCGAGACCGUCUUGUCGUUGAAGAGCCGUUUCGGGUUGCGGACUGGCUUUUAG